GACUGGUCCAGGAGCUACUUCGGCCUGUCAACACAGCCGUUCCCCAAGGAGACCACUGACGUGCUGCUGGCCUCGGUCGACCCACUAGACAUUGAAAUAAAGCCAGACGGUUUGAUCUACCUCCCGGAGAUCAAGUAUCGGCGCGUGCUCAACAAGGCGUUCGGCCCCGGGGGAUGGGGUCUCGCGCCGAGGAGUGAGACGAACGUUGGCCCCAAGGUAGUGAGCAGGGAGUAUGCACUUGUCUGUCUCGGAAGAUUGGUUGGUGUUGCGCGAGGAGAACAGGAGUACUUUGACCCCAACGGUAUUCCGACGGCCACCGAGGCCUGCAAGAGCAACGCGCUUAUGCGCUGUUGCAAAGACUUGGGAGUAGCUAGCGAGCUAUGGGAUCCGCGCUUCAUCCGCGAAUUCAAGGCAAAGCAUUGUGUGGAAGUCUUCGCCGAAAAUAUCCGGACAAAACAGAAGAAGAAGCUUUGGAGGCGCAAGGACCAGCCUGCUUUCGACUACCCAUACAAGGAAUGA